UCAUUGGUGAUUAUUUUAAUCAAGCUUGUAUUUUAUAGUAAUAAUGUAGGCUUGAAGAAGGAGGUAUGGUAGAUUCGAUUUGGGGUCCGUGCUACUACUAUUUGUGUUAAAAAGUGGACUGGUGUUGGUGAGCUUUCUUAGGAUUUAUGAAUGCAGUCAUCAAUAUGGACAUAUGAGGGGAAGAAAUUGGCCUACAUUCAAGUGUGAAUUUGUAUUUUAAUAUUGUGUUUUCAUCCGACUAUCAUUGUUGUGUUUUAAGAGAUCUUGGCCUGCCAUAUAGCCAAGCUAAUUUUACCCAAUCCAGUCAUUUUUAAGGCUGUACUGUUGUCUGCCAGACUAGUAAAGGUAAGUCACUUUUAAGUUUGAGCUGAAACACCUAUGAGUAUUGGCAAAGAAAUGUUAAGGCCAUCAUCUCAGACUCCUGUUCCUCUCUUCCUUGUUGGGUGUAAUCUUACUGCGUUCCUACUCGUGUACUUACGGUAGAGCCCUCGGCCACACGGAAGAAAAGGUUCCAGCUAGCUAGAAACAACACAGGGAUGUAACAUUUUCUAGUGCGUCGGUUGUUUUCGCAUUUUUAAUAAAUAUAAUUGCGCGAGGAGACAUUUUUUAUCAUAUAUUGUUUUCAAAUAUUCCUUUGCAUGAGUCGACAUGGCGACGUGCAUUCCCUUUCAAACCCAGCUAUCCUCUAUAAUGGAGGUUUUGGUUAAAGCAGCAGUGACAGAGAUAUCCAAACUAGUCGAUGACAAAUGUGCGUUUUUGCAUCUCGAAAUAUCCCGAAAGCAAAGCGAGAAUGAGAUGCUGAAAAGGAAAUUAAUAAUGAUGGAGAACAAAAAUGCACAGCUGCAGCGCGGCUUUGAAAACUACAUGGACAGAGGAACUGAUGUGGGGAACUGUCCGCUUCCUACAGGAGAUAUUAAGUUUCCUGAUAUUGACGACGCCACUGUUUCGUUCACAAUAAAAGAAGAGAGUCCAGAUGAGAUGCUGUGGAUCAGUGAUUCUGCUGGACCGAUCGGUUCUGCUGUACAUUACCGGACAGGUAAUGCGCCGGAGAGCCAGCAGUUUGAAGAGGACCGCCCGCUAAACCAUUCCGAGAUCGCCGCAAGAAAAUCAUCCGAGUUCGGUGACUUGUAUAACUCUGGUCAGCACGCGGGGGACAUCGGCGGCCCUCAGUUCACCGUCAAGACCGAGAAGGAGGAGGACCGCUCCCGAUUCAGCCAGGAUGGAUGCCAGCACGGCGCGGGGAAGCACGCUCAACUUGCUGGCGACUUUUCCGUGGACGAACGAGAGAAUCAGCUCUGGACGUCCAUAAUCGAAGGGAAUGACAUCGAUGCUGGCUUCCCUGACUUUUCCAGCGUGGUAGAGGAGUAUUCCAACACGUUCCCGGACCAUUCGGACGUUCACGUGGUUUCUAACGCCGCCAAGUCUGCCGGCGUGCAGCAGUUGUCCUCUCAGAGGCCGUGCAACGGGAUCUACAGCACUGAGUAUCAGAAGGAUGUCCCACAGUUGUCCAGUUUUCAACCCAGAGCUCAGGCUGGCCUGCUGCAGCCGGACAGGCAGAAGGAACAAGCGUACUCGCAGCGAAACCCCUCGCAUGUUGGACACGCGAGGCAGCCGGACGAACACACCGAGAGGGAGGGUGCGGCUGGAGAGAGACCGGCCGUCAGUCACUCGCACAACACCUUGACAACAGGCCGCUUCAAAGCGCUCUCGAGCAUUUCGCGAGGCUACUCCUGCUCGCACUGCGGCAAGACGUUCGGCCGCCUGCACCAGUUCAAGCUGCACCAGCAGAGCCACAAGAGGAAGCGGGCGUUCUGGUGCACGGUGUGCGGGAAGAGCUUCCAGUGUUCGUCCCACCUCAGCAUACACCACCGGACGCACACGGGCGAGAAGCCGUACGGCUGCGGGCAGUGCGGGAAGCGGUUCACACAGCAGAGCAGCCUGAGGGUCCACCAGCGCACGCACAGCGGGGAGCGGCCCUACAGCUGCUCGCUGUGCGGGAAAAGCUUCAUCCUGAUGCACCAUCUGAAACGCCACAGAAUCAUUCACACAUACAGCUGAGAGGGAGAGACGUCUACGGCAAUGUUGCUCAGGUGAAAAAGAUAAAAAGUGACCCCUUCAAGAACACACCAAAAAAGCCUGUGAGCUUUUUUUGGGGGGGGGGGGGUUGGGAUUUGUAAACUCGUUGCAUUGCUCCCGGACUUUGUAUAAUAAUGCAUAUUCUACUAUGCAAAAUCCAUCGGGAUGGAUUUUAAGAUGUUUGCUUCUUUUUUUUUUUAAAUACUUAUAACUAUUAAAAACUGAAUUGCAACCUCAAACAAAAAUCACACAAGUCAGUAUUUUUAAAGGCACCUCCCAAUGCUAGAAAUCCCAAAAAACCAAGAUCUGAAAUGUGGAGUUAUUAUAAAGAAAAAUAUUCUACAAAUGCCCUCUUACAGUUACCUGCAUACUGAUCUUCACAGUUUGUUUUUAGCUUCUCAAGUGGAACUAUGCCUUACUUCAUCUGAGCACUGAAACUGUCGAAGCACAAGACACUCAUUAUUAUCCCCAUAAACUGUCCCCUUUACAGUCAGCAGAGGGCUUUCCAUUCAGUGAAGAAGCACCUCUCAGGUUUAUGUUGUGAUGUCAUAGUUGGUAAAAACCUGCCCGACCAUGUUGUUCCCAGUGAAAUAUUUCCAUAAAACGUAUCCCCAAAAUCCUUUACCCUCCUGUCUUAUGAUUUAUAUUAAAGGAUCGUUUGAAUCAGCA